CGGCGUCUCCCACUGAUCUCGUCACCUCAUCAGCAGGGCGUUUCAGGCAAACAGUAGCUGUCUGCCUUAUCUCUGAGUCAGACUCGGCCCACCUUCAGCUGGACCGCAGCUCCUUUUAAUUCAGACAACAUGACCUUUUGACGUGGGAGAAAAAUGAACAAGCCCAAAAUGGCCACAGAGAAGGGUGUUCCCAGUAACUCCAGGGUACUUAUGCUCCUCGGCCAACUGGAGAGGAUGAAUGGGGAGGUCAUGCUGAAAGAUGUAGAAACGGCAAGACAGGUCACUGCGAAGAUCCUUCAUCUCAUACAGACGCAGGAGAAGAGUGGAAAAGAGGUGAUGUCUAAAGGCUCCAGUGGAAUGGAGGUCAUCCUGUCUUCUCUGGAGAACAGCAGGGAUGUCCAGACUACUCUGAACAUCAUGUACAUCCUCAGUGAGCUGCUGACAAUCGGCAGAGGCCGCAGAGUGGGAGUGUUUGUUUCCAAAGGAGGAACAGGAGUUUUAUUCCAGAUUCUGAUCUCCGCCAGUAAUGAGCUUCCUCCCAGUGAGGAACUCAUGCUGCAGCUUCACUCACUACUGGCCAAGGUUGGACCGAAAGACAGAAAGUUUGGAGUGAAGGCACGUUUGAGUGGAGCUCUGAACAUCACGGUCAACGUAAUUAAACAUAAUCUACAGAACACAAAGCUGCUUCUUCCUUGUCUGCAGGUUCUCAGGGUUUACUCUACCAACUCGGUAAAUGCUAUUUCUUUGGGCAAGUGCGGUGUGAUGGAACUUAUUUUCAAGAUUGUCGGGCCCUACAGUAAGAAGAACACCAGCCUUUUCAAGAUAGCUCUGGAUGCACUUGGAGCUCUACUCAAAUCUAAAACUAAUGCUCGCCGUUUGGUAGACAGUGGCCAUGUGUCUGUCUUGCUCACUCUGUACCUGGAUUGGCAUCGCAAUGACACCCGACACAGAUGUGUGUUGAUUCGUAAAGGAUUGCUGGUCUGCCUCAGAAACAUUACCAACAUCAAACUGGGCCGAAAGGCUUUCUUAGAGGCUGACGGCAUGAGAAUCCUUUACAACUCCUCCAAUGAGUGUCUACCAGUGCGGACACUGGAUCCACUAGUGAACACUUCAAGCCUCGUCAUGAGGAAGUGUUUUCCGAAGAAUCGUUUGCCUCUGCAUACUAUCAAGUCAGCCUUCCACUUUCAGCUGCCUCAUGUCCCCCCUGGAGGACCUGUGGCUCAGCUGUACAGCCAGCCUUCUGGGGUGGAUGAUGUGGCAGAUGAAAGCGAUAACGAGGAGCCAGAGGCAGAGACAGACACUGAGAAUGACGAAGAUGACAAGGAUCAGUGUAACCUGAAUGAUGACAUAGAGACGGAUCUCAAUAAGCUACAUCCCAAAAGGACCAUUGGACGCCCGUUUGAGGAGCUGAAGAUCUAUCAGAAGUUCUUCUCAGAGCUUUCUGAAGACUUUCAAGGGUACAGCUUUGAAUCUGCAAAGAGUUCCUUUACUACUUCAUCAGCACAUCUCUUCUCAUCAUUAUCAGCUCGGUUCACUCAACCGGUUGUAGUGCCUGCAGCUCAAGAGUCCCCAAAGCAAAUACCAGGUUCUGAAGUGAUUUGCAACUCUGUCAAAGAGCAUCAGAGUCUAGCCUCUCCCUCCCCCACUGGUUCUCAAACUCCUCUGGACCUGAACUCAAUCGACCUCAGCAAGGGCAAAGAUAAGAAAGAGGAUGUCAGCAUUCCAGCUGCAGAUGGACACUCUGCUCCACCCCCUUUUUGCAGUUCUCCCUCUCAAGGACCUUUAAUAGAACAGGAACUCUCCCAUCCACUGGAAUGUGUCUCUCUAGAGGACAAAGGAAGUCAAAAUACAGAGGCUGGGUCUGAGAAGGCCAAACAUGAGGGGUCUCCAGUCAAUAACUUGAGACAAAUACAGUCACCUUUGAUCCUUGGGGGUUUCCCAAUACGUCGGGCAGGUGGGGGAGGCAGCAACGUGGGUUCAGAAUGUGGCUCAGAUGGUGCUGAAGAUGAAGGAGGAGAAGGUGCCGUUCUUGAAGUGCCAGACACAGCUCAGCUCCUGCCGCUGCAUGACCCUGACCUUUACGUGGAGAUGGUGAAGGGGACACAGUCAGUCCCACAUUAUGCUGAAGUGGCUUACCCAGAUUACUUUGGCCAUGUACCUCCAGUGUUUAAGGAACCUCUUCUGGAGAGAGUGCAUGGUGUACAGAGGUCAAAGAUAUUUCAGGAUAUUGAGCGGCUGAUUCAUCCUAAUGAUAUCUUGGAUAAAGUAGUUUAUGACAUCGCUCAUCCCAGUCCUGUGAUUGAAGAAAACAGCGAAUCUCUGAAGUUCAACUCUCAAUUUGAGUCGGGGAACCUCAGGAAAGCUGUUCAAGUUAGGAAAUAUGAGUACGACCUUGUUCUGAAUGCAGAUAUCAACAGUAAUCACUACCAUCAGUGGUUUUACUUUGAAGUGAGUGGCAUGCGUGUCGGGGUUACGUACCGUUUCAACAUCAUCAACUGUGAGAAGUCAAACAGCCAGUUUAACUAUGGCAUGCAGGUGUUGAUGUACUCUGUGCAGGAGGCCAUUGGUGGCAGGCCUUGUUGGGUCAGAACGGGAACAGACAUCUGUUACUAUAAAAAUCACUUUGCAAGAAGUUCCAUCGCCACUGGGGGACAAAAAGGAAAAUCGUAUUAUACACUGACCUUCAGCAUAAACUUCAGCCAUAAGGAUGAUGUCUGCUACUUUGCCUAUCAUUACCCUUAUACAUACUCCACACUUAAGAUGCAUCUGUCCAAACUUGAGGCUAUGAGGACCCCUCAGAUCUACUUGAGACAUGACGUUCUGUGUGAGACCCUUGGUGGAAACACCUGUCCACUUCUUACUAUCACUGCCAUGCCCGAGUCCAAAUCCAGUGAUCAUAUCUGUCAGUUCAGGAAUCGCCCAUUGAUCUUCUUGUCAGCCAGAGUGCACCCUGGGGAGACAAACGCCAGCUGGGUGAUGAAGGGCACACUGGAGUUCCUCAUGGGCACCAGCCCGCUGGCAGUGAGCCUGAGAGAGGCCUACAUCUUUAAGAUUGUCCCGAUGCUUAACCCUGAUGGAGUCAUUAAUGGAAAUCAUCGAUGUUCUCUGAGUGGAGAGGACUUGAAUCGACAGUGGCAGAACCCCAAUCCUGAGCUCCACCCCACCAUCUACCAUACUAAGAGCCUGCUGCAGUAUCUUGCAUAUAUACAAAGGGCACCACUGGUGUUCUGUGAUUACCACGGCCAUUCCAGAAAGAAGAAUGUCUUCAUGUACGGCUGCAGUGUGAAGGAGACAGUUUGGCAGUCUAAUAUCAGUGCAACCUCCAGUGACUUACAGGAGGACCUUGGAUACAGGACUCUUCCCAAGAUCCUGUCUCAGAUCGCCCCUGCCUUCAGCAUGGCCAGCUCCAGUUUUGUGGUGGAGCGCUCCAAAGAGUCAACAGCGCGAGUUGUUGUCUGGAGAGAGAUUGGCGUAAAACGCAGUUAUACCAUGGAGAGCACCCUCUGUGGCUGUGAUCAGGGCAAAUAUAAGGGACUUCAGAUCGGCACCAGAGAGCUUGAAGAGAUGGGUGCUCAGUUCUGUGUGGCCCUGCUAAGGCUAAAGAGGUUAACCGGGAACCGCAAUCACCAGCAUCUGCUGGAUCUGGAAACCGAUAUCAUUGGAACACAUUCAAAGCCAGUCAGCAGCUGCACAACUACCUAUGUGUUGGAGGAGGAUGAGCCAUCCUUUCUGGAGGAGAUUGACUACAGCGCGGAAAGCAAUGAUGACGAUGCAGAGCCUGAAAGCGAUUUCUGCGCCGACGUCCAAGAGAAUUUUGAUCAGCUGUCAGACUCUGAAAAUAAUCACAGGGACUAGUGCUAAUCUCCUUCAUAUGGGGUGGUCUGAGCUUAUAAUUAGGGCUUGGAUUAUGGUUAAAAGUUUAAAAAAAAAUGUCAUUCUAUAAACAGAAAAUUGCCUCAGCUCCUUCUUUGUCUCUUGGAUAAAAAGUUUAAUCCCACCUGAACUGUGGGCUGGAUUAGCGUUAGGCCACUGUUAGCAGCUUGUUGCUCCUGAAGGUGCGUACACCAUCUGCCUUUCUCUUCAGAUAGACCAGUAAUGAGUAGUUACAACAAUAAGGGUGGAUUUCACUGAAUGUUUUCACCUUCUCUGCACCAAACUAAAAUCCUUCUUAACUUCAACACUAUACAGUCCCUGAGAUUCACAUGUAAAUAAGCAGAGCGACCCAUCUCACCUGCAGUAUUUUGACGAAACACUUAGGGCCGGAUUUAUCAAAGGUUUGCGUGUAUUAAAACGUGAGCUAUUUAACUGCGCACACUAAAAAAUGUACAAACUGAUCUAUCAACAGCGUGCUAAAAGGAUUUGGUCUUUAAAACGUGCUAA